AUGACCAAUAUCCGAAAAUCACACCCCUUAAUCAAAAUUAUCAACCACUCAUUCAUCGACUUACCAGCUCCCUCGAAUAUCUCAGCAUGAUGAAAUUUCGGUUCCUUAUUAGGUGUAUGUUUAAUAUUACAAAUUAUUACAGGUCUAUUCUUAGCAAUACACUACACAGCCGAUACAACCACAGCAUUCUCAUCAGUCACUCACAUUUGCCGAGACGUAAAUUACGGAUGAUUAAUCCGAUAUCUUCACGCUAACGGAGCGUCCAUAUUCUUCAUCCUACUUUACCUACACAUCGGACGAGGUAUCUACUACGGGUCAUUUACUUUCAUAGAAACCUGAAACAUCGGAGUUCUACUUUUAUUCGCAGUCAUAGCUACAGCUUUCAUAGGCUACGUUCUACCAUGAGGACAAAUAUCUUUCUGGGGGGCAACAGUCAUCACAAACCUUCUAUCAGCAAUCCCUUAUAUCGGACCUAAUCUAGUAGAAUGAAUCUGAGGUGGAUUUUCAGUCGACAAAGCUACACUAACCCGAUUUUUUGCUUUCCACUUCAUCCUGCCUUUUAUCAUCACAGCAAUAGUAAUAAUCCACUUAUUAUUCCUUCACGAAACAGGAUCCAACAACCCAUCAGGGCUAAACUCAGACUCAGAUAAAAUCCCAUUCCAUCCUUAUUAUACAAUCAAAGACAUCCUAGGAUUCUUAUUCAUACUACUCACACUAAUAACCCUUGUUUUAUUUACACCAGACCUUCUAGGAGAUCCAGACAACUAUACCCCUGCCAACCCCUUAAACACCCCUCCCCACAUCAAACCAGAAUGAUACUUCCUAUUCGCAUAUGCCAUCCUACGUUCAAUCCCUAACAAACUAGGAGGAGUAUUAGCCCUAGUAUUAUCCAUCCUAAUCCUAAUGCUAUUCCCCAUACUUCAUCUAUCCAAACAACGCAGCAUAUCAUUUCGCCCCUUAAGCCAAUGCCUUUUAUGAGCCCUAGUAGGAAAUCUAAUUAUUCUCACAUGAAUUGGGGGUCAACCAGUAGAACACCCAUUCAUUACAAUCGGACAACUAGCCUCAGCAAUCUACUUUUUCAUCAUCCUAAUCCUCAUACCAACCACAAGUCUCAUAGAAAACAAACUCCUUAAAUGAAGA